CCCAAAGUAUUUUGCCGUCUUGCGCAAGCCGAUCAGGCAGCUUGAAUUGUCCCUUUUACUUAUAAGCAUCGCUUCUGCAACUCAUCUGGCCCGCCUUCAGCACAUCCAGAAUCUUGUCGCCCACGUCAGCAAGCCGCAUUACCACGUUCCAGGCAUCGUUGAUCGUUCCCUCGAUCGCUCUGUCACCUGGAACACCUCGCAGCAGGGACCCUGCAUAGUAAAGGCAACAUGGCGACCAACAACAUGCAUAACUUGACUACCCUCAUCAAACGGCUGGAAGCCGCCACCUCCAGACUGGAGGAUAUGGCAGCUUCUGCAAUCGAUUUACCCAAACUGAAUGGCGCGGCUCCUACUCCGGCACCUACAGGUCCUCUGCCUGCCCCUCCAACUGCCAGUCGAGCCGCAGCAGAAAUGCCAAAGCCCAUCCCAGAGGCACUACCAGAGUCUGUCGAAGAUUUUGAUGCUUUUAUAUCCGGCACUGUCAAGAAGUUUGUGAAUUUAAGUGAUGAAUUGGGAGGGCCAGUUGCAGAGCAGGCCUCCAGUGUAUACCAAGCGUUUGCUAAACAGCGGAAAUUCAUCCUUAUUACCACAAAAGCAAAGAAGCCUGAUAUGAGCAGUCCGGUGUUUAUGGAACUUUUGAAGCCUCUGCAAGAAAUGAUCACGGCCGUCAGCGAUAUACGAGAUGCGAACCGCGGAAGUCCUCUUUUCAACCAACUAUCUACGGUCUCAGAGAGCAUUGGCGUACUCGCCUGGGUGACGGAGUCUCCUAAACCACACAAGCAUGUUGAAGAGUCGUUGGGUUCUGCCCAAUACUGGGGUAAUCGAGUCCUAAAGGAGUUCAAGGAGAAGGACCCGAAGCAAGUCGAAUGGGUCAAUGCCUAUUACCAAAUCUUCAAGGACCUCACAGAAUAUAUCAAGCACGCUUUCCCUCAAGGCAUUCCCUGGAACCCGAAGGGUGUCUCAGCUGAGGAAGCCAUUAAGGCCGUUGACCAGAAUCAACCUCUCCCUCCAGCCCCACACCCUAAAGCAGCUGGCGGGCCUCCUCCACCCCCGCCUCCACCCCCAGGACCACCGCCACCACCUAUGAGAUUUGACGAUGCUCCUGCAGUGGCACCUGUUACUGCUGGUGGUCUCGAUGCUGUUUUCAGCGAGUUGAACAAGGGAGAGGCUGUCACGAAAGGACUUCGAAAAGUCAAUCCAGAUCAGAUGACACACAAGAACCCUUCGUUACGAGCUGGUGCAACAGUACCAACUCGGAGCGACAGCGCUUCUAGUGUCUCCUCUAUAUCUCGUGGAAAGAGCCCUGCCCCAGGAAAGAAGCCCAAGCCAGAGAGCAUGCGGACGAAGAAACCUCCAGUAAUGAAGCUGGACGGCAACAAGUGGAUCAUCGAAAAUUAUGACAAUGAGCCUAAACCCCUGACAAUUGAAGCCGAAAUAUCACACUCCAUCCUCAUCAGUCGAUGCAGUAAGACGACCAUUAUGGUCAAAGGCAAGGCAAACGCUAUUUCAAUCGACAACUCGCCACGACUCUCACUCAUCGUGGAAUCCUUGGUAUCAUCAGUUGAUGUCAUCAAGUCCACCAAUUUUGCUCUUCAAGUCACAGGGGUACUUCCCACACUGCUUAUGGACACGGUCGAUGGGGCCCAAGUCUACCUGGGAAAAGAGAGCAUGGGUACCGAAGUAUUUACAAGUAAAUGUACAGGGAUCAACCUCAACAUCAUCGACGCCGCAGGGGAUGGCGACGAGGAGGGUGAUUACAAGGAGGUGGCGUUGCCAGAGCAGAUCCGCUCCUAUAUUGGCAAGGAUGGCAAGAUUGCAAGUGAGAUCGUGGAGCACGCAGGAUGA